AUGUCUCUCGUCAACCUGGCACACGUGUGCUCGCAUCUGCAAAACGCCUCCAAAGCCCGCCUCGGCCUCACAUCGAUCCCCGUCUCGAAGAUGCACGUGAACCUCGUUCUCGGGCUGCAGCGCGAGGGCUUCCUCUCCUCGGUGACGCUCGGCGGCGUCUCGCCGCCCAAGCCGUUCCUGCUGCAGACACAGCCCGACCCGGCAGAGCUGGAGAACAUGGCGCAGCGCCUCAAAGCGGAGCCCUGGCAAGCGUUCAACGUCGACGGCGGCGAGCACACGGAGGCGGACCUGGGCAAGGAGAAGAUUGAGCACGUCAGCGUGCCGCAGAACCCUGCGCGGCGUCGCCUGUGGCUCGGCCUGAAGUAUUGGAGCAACGAGCCUGUGCUGAAGAACAUGAAGCUGAUCUCCAAGCCCACGCGACGGAUAUGGCUCACAUCACAGGACCUGGCCAAGAUCACACGGACGCGAGAGUCGAGCUAUGUAAAGGGCCUGACACAUCCGGGAGAGUGCAUGUUCCUCACCACCGACCGGGGAAUUCUGGAGGCGCGUGAGUGCGUCGAGAGGCAGCUGGGCGGUAUGGCCUUGUGCAGGGUGUGGUAG